CCUUCUGGUAAAAUAAUGUACAGCGGAUCCCGGAAGCGGACGGUGUGCUAGUUAGUGCUCACUUCCACGUAUCAUUUGCUGUCACUUCAUUGCUUCACAUGCCAUCACCGUUUUACGCCUCAGUAAUAAUAAUAUGGGACCACUGUUAAACGUUACGGCGCUGAGAAACAGAAACAAAAGUGCUGUAAAUCCCCCGAGACCUCAGCUUUGACCUCCAGUGGCAGCAUUUCAUGACAGCAUGUUGGUGACAGCGUAUCUUGCCAUAGUUUUCCUCCUUGCCCUGUGCGUUGGCCUCGAGCUUACGGCACGCCGCCUCACCCCACCUCAGUCCACCCCUACAGCUGUAGCCAACCCAGCUUUCCGUGGCUUCCAGACAAUAUUCCUCAGGGCAUACCUUCUGGCUUUGUGGGCAGACUGGCUCCAGGGUCCUUAUCUCUACAAACUUUACCUCCACUACAGCUUCCUGGAAUCCCAAAUAGCCAUUUUGUAUGUAUGUGGUCUGGCCUCUUGUGUUCUCUUUGCUCCUUUUGCAGGCUGGCUCCCUCAGGCUUUGGGCCGCAGGCAGACCUGUCUUCUGUUCUGCUUGUCAUACUCUGCUUGCUGUCUCACCAAGCUUUCCAGAGACUACUUUGUUUUGAUUGUGGGCCGCAUCUUGGGGGGCCUGUCCACAUCCCUGCUAUCAACCGCAUUUGAAGCCUGGUACGUGCACCGACAUGUUGAUGUCCACGAUUUUCCCAAGGAGUGGAUCCCCAGCACCUUCACCAAAGCUGCUACCUGGAACCACGGACUCGCGGUGGGUGCAGGGCUGGUGGCUAACUUACUGGCUGAGUGGCUCCACCUUGGGCCAGUAGCCCCCUUUCUCCUGGCAGUCCCCUGUCUGGCUUGCUGUGGCUGGGUAGUCCUGACUGACUGGGGCAAAGAAGAGGCUCAAGGGGUUCCUGAAGUAGACAAACAGACUCUGCUCAUUGGCACUCCAAAUGGAGGUGUGACCCAUUUGUCUGCAAAAGCACGGUUCUCACGCAGCUGCCACGAGGGGCUGCGCUGCCUACUGUCAGACAGGAGAGUCAUGCUCUUGGGGGGAGUCCAGGCUCUGUUUGAAAGUGUCCUCUACAUUUUUGUUUUCCUGUGGACACCAGUACUGGACCCUCAUGGGCCUCCUUUAGGAAUAGUCUUCUCUUGCCUGAUGGCUGCCAGCAUGGUUGGGUCCUUGCUAUACCGCCUAGCCACCUCAACUCAAUACCGUCUACAGCCUGGGCAUGUACUCUGCCUUGCUGUGCUGAUGGCCUUCUUCUCUUUUUUUAUGCUAACCUUUUCCACUGCCCCAGGACAACCUAGACCUCAUGAAUCCUUUCUGGCCUUCCUGCUCCUGGAGCUGGCCUGUGGUCUCUAUUUCCCCGCUGUCAGCUUUCUUCAGGGCAGGGUGAUCCCAGAGGAGAAGCGGGCCGGUGUGCUGGCCUGGUUCCGGUUUCCUCUGCACCUGCUGGCUUGCUUAGGGCUGCUAGCCCUCCAUGGGGAGGUAUUAGGAACAGGUGGAGGGGAGGGUGGUGGGGGCACCAGACACAUGUUUGGAGGCUGUGCCGUCAUGAUGCUGGCAGCUCUGAUGGCUGUGGUCAGUCUUUUCACCCUGGGUAGAAAUGACACAGACCUGAGACUGGAGGGAAACAGAGCAGAAUGGGAAAUGUAACGAGUCGAUCGGCCGCAUGUCCAUUCCUGCUUGUCUGGUUUAAAAUGUAUUAUCUCAGUUUGGUCUAACUGAACCUAGAGACAUCAUAUUUGACCAGAUUACUUUUAAGUGCACAUUUUGCCAAAAGCAGAGUUGAAUAAAAUUGUGGGGUGUUUUGAUAAAAAUGUUUAACAUUUUAUGUCAUGUUAAUUCCUUAUUGUUUAUUGGUUACAGACUUUUGUUAAUGUCUUUGGGAACAUUUGUCAAUUAAACUGUUGAAAACUUG